AUGUCGGUGGUUCGUGUACUCAUUGGUGAUAUCAACCAAGUAAGGUGCGUUUAGCUGAGAAAGGUCACAGCACAGUAUGUUGACUGAUAAGCAGGAAUCAAUGUCCCUCAGAGAUAAUGGAUCUGAAAGGUCAUACUGCAGGGAUGAGCAGCAAAGACAGGCUCUGUUCUCCUAGCCUGGCUAAACCAGACUGAAAGACAGGCUCUGUUCUCCUAGCCUGGCUAAACCAGACUGAAAGACAGGCUCUGUUCUCCUAGCCUGGCUAAACCAGACUGAAAGACAGGCUCUGUUCUCCUAGCCUGGCUAAACCAGACUGAAAGACAGGCUCUGUUCUCCUAGCCUGGCUAAACCAGACUGAAAGACAGGCUCUGUUCUCCUAGCCUGGCUAAACCAGACUGAAAGACAGGCUCUGUUCUCCUAGCCUGGCUAAACCAGACUGAAAGCUGACCUCACUAUUGAAUGCAGCAUUCGUUGUAGUGCAACCAUGCUAUUCUCCAAACAUGAAAAUAUAGAUUGAUGCUUGGUUGUUAAUUGGCGUUCGUUCACAUUUGAGGAGUGCAAUGCAUCUGUAACUAAUACAGUGGGGAAAAAAAGUAUUUAGUGAAAAUUACAGGCCUCUCUCAUCUAUUUAAGUGGGAGAACUUGCACAAUUGGUGGCUGACUAAAUACUUUUUUCCCCCACUGUAUUCUAUGUUGUGUUGGAACUUUGGUUGUCAGUUGCUGAAAUGAAAAUGUGGUAAAUAUUCUAUUGCGAAAGCACACACACACACACACACACACAAACACACACACACACACACACACACACACACAACACACACACACACACACACACACACACACACACACACACACACACACACACACACACACACACCACACACUAGCAAACACAUUAGGAAGAAAAAAAACAUGCAUCACAGUUUUGGAGUGGAGUUAUGCUUUUCCAUUUACUUAUCUCCAGGAUGGAAGAAAUUAAUAUAAAAGGUAUAUGAUGAUGUCUAAUGAAGUACUUAUUUAGAGAUAGAAAGAGAUAGAAAGAGACACUGUAUAUUUAUUAUUAUUAACAUUAUUAUCCUCAUGAUUUGCUGCUCUGCUCUCUUUGGACUGCGUUCUCUCUGUGGAUAAGGACCACUAUUCAGUCUAUACGGUUCUGAAUGGUCAUUGCCUCUUGAAAUCAGGGUUGUUUCAUAUCAAACUUGUGUUCAGGUUCACUCUAUUUUUAUGGAGACUCAGUUUCAGUUCAAUUUCAGGUCAAGACCAUUCUAUACUACCACUGUAAUGGACACAGGCCAUGCUGCUCUUGCUAUUUUACAAAUGUACAGGUUUACUUUGAAUCAUAUCAUAUGUGUAUUGCAAACUUUGUGUGAAAGUUCAUAUGUGUGUUGUUCACGUACAAUAAAGGAGAAUGUGCUCCAAACCCGGCUGUUUGACUUGUGCACACCCAGUCACCCAGCCACCCAGUCACCCAGCCACCCAGUCACCCAGUCACCCAGCCACCCAGUCACAGCCACCCAGCCACCCAGUCACCCAGUCACCCAGCCACUCAGCCACCCAGUCACCCAGCCACCCAGUCACCCAGCCACCCAGCCACCCAGUCACCCAGCCACCCAGUCACCCAGUCACCCAGUCACCCAGUCACCCAGCCAACCAGCCACCCAGUCACCCAGCAUCACCCAACCACCCAGCCAAACAGCCACGCAGUCACCCAGUCACCCAGUCACCCAGCCACCCAGUCACCCAACCACCCAGCGUGUGAGCCACCCAGCCACCCAGCCACCCAGUCACCCAGCCACCCAGUCACCCAGUCACCCUGCCACCCAGCCACUCAGCCACCCAGUCACCCAGCCAACCAGUCACCCAGUCACCCAGCCACCCAGUCACCCAGACACCCAGCCAAUCAGUCACCGUCACCAGUCACCCAGUCACCCAGUCACCCAGCCACCCAGCCAACCAGUCACCCAGCCACCCAGUCACCCAGCCACCCAGUCACCCAGCCAACCAGUCACCCAGUCACCCAGUCACCCCACCACCACUCAGCCACCCAGUAGAGCAGACUGUUGA